AUGCUUAAAGAUACUAAUGGGAAUCCAUUGUUGAGUGUUAACGAGAUUAAAACGCAAAUCCUUGAAGUGAUGCUUGCUACGCUAGAUAAUCCCUCAAAUGCAGUUGAAUGGACAAUAAGAGAACUGUUGAAGCAACCAAAGAUAAUGCAAAGGGCCAUAGAAGAGAUUGACACAAUCGUUGGGAGCAAUAGAUUGGUUCAAGAAUCGGACUUGCCACAAUUAAAUUAUGUGAAUACUUGCAUAAAAGAGGCGUUUCGACUACAUCCGUUGGCAACGUUUAACAUUCCACAUGUGUCCAUUGGUGAUGCUAUCAUGGGCGAACACUUCAUCCCGAAAGGGAGUGUAGUGUUACUAACUACUAAGUCGUCUUGGACUUGGCAGGAACCCUAG